ACGCCAUCGCGGUCAGGAAGGAAAGCGCGGAUGUUAUGUGAGGAAGGCGCUCUAUUUAUACAAAACAUGCUUUAGUGCAAGAUUUCGUGAAAACCAUGAAUCUUAGGGGAUUCUUCCAAGACUUUAAUCCUAGUAAAUUCCUUAUCUAUGCAUGCCUGUUGCUGUUCUCCGUGCUGCUGUCGCUGCGCCUCGAUGGAGUCAUCCAGUGGAGCUACUGGGCUGUGUUUGCACCUGUAUGGCUCUGGAAGCUCAUGGUCAUCAUCGGUGCAUCUGUGGGCACCGGCGUCUGGGCACACAACCCACAGUACAGGGCUGAGGGUGAGACAUGCGUGGAGUUCAAGGCCAUGCUAAUUGCAGUAGGCAUUCACCUCCUCCUGCUGAUGUUUGAGGUGCUGGUGUGCGAUCGGAUUGAGAGGGGCAGCCACUUCUGGCUCCUGGUCUUCAUGCCCCUGUUCUUUGUGUCGCCGGUCUCCGUGGCCGCCUGUGUCUGGGGCUUCCGUCACGACCGCUCUCUGGAGCUUGAGAUUUUGUGCUCUGUCAACAUCCUUCAGUUCAUCUUCAUUGCCCUCCGGCUGGACAAAAUCAUCAAUUGGCCCUGGCUGGUUGUCUGCGUGCCCCUCUGGAUCCUUAUGUCCUUCCUGUGCCUCGUGGUGCUCUACUACAUUGUCUGGUCUGUGCUCUUCCUGCGCUCCAUGGAUGUCAUUGCUGAGCAGCGGCGGACUCACAUCACCAUGGCUAUAAGCUGGAUGACCAUUGUUGUGCCCCUGCUCACUUUUGAGAUACUUCUCGUCCAUAAACUGGAUGGUCAUAACAGCUUCAAUUAUGUCCCUGUGUUCGUGCCUUUGUGGGUGUCCCUUGUGACCUUAAUGGCUACCACCUUUGGGCAGAAAGGAGGGAAUCACUGGUGGUUUGGUAUCCGUAAGGACUUCUGCCAGUUUCUGCUGGAGCUUUUUCCCUUUCUGCGUGAAUACGGUAACAUCUCGUAUGACCUUCACCAUGAGGACUCGGAGGUCUCUGAAGAGAUGCCUGCCCCUGAGCCGCCCAAGAUAGCCCCCAUUUUCCGCAAGAAGACGGGGGUUGUGAUCACGCAGAGCCCGGGGAAAUAUUUUGUCCCUCCCCCAAAACUCUGCAUUGACAUGCCAGAUUAGGCAGGCUUCCAUGUCUGCCAGAUGCACCCUCAGAGUCAUAGAGGGAGGUUACCACACAUGACUGUCCCCCCCACACCCCCAAACUCCAUGUCCUAUACAGAACAAUGUUACCCUCACAACCCAGGGUGAAGAUGGGACCUGUCUUUGUAUCACUUUGUCUGUGGCUCUGGAUUUUAUAGCUCUGAAGAAAAUGGUAAAUUUAAUGGUCAGUCAAGGAGAACGGCCCCAUUUUGAUGUGCAGCAUCUUUUUUUUUUUUUUUUGUGUAUUUUAUUUUAAAGGGGAAGGCAGAACAUUUUUGUAUGGAUUUUUUUGCUUAAUUUCACAUUUGUAUCAUCUGCUCAUUAUUACAUGGAGAGCUGCUGCAAGACAAUUCCUCAGCAGAGCUAUGGCUGUGGAGAUGGUCUAUAGUGCUGCCAUGGUUCCUCGUACCAUGAGCAUUGGUUUAGCCCUCAAGCCUUGCAUGAAGGUGAAAGCUUGUGUCUAUGCAUAUGGAGAGAAUUGUGAUUACUGGCAAUAUGGAACUGGUUGUUCUGUGGUUCUCAAACAUCAAGAAGAUGUUUUUGUUUUAGGUUCAGGGUUUACAUGGUUCUGACUUGGAAUUUGAACAUUGAUGCAGAAGGUAAAGAUUCACAUUUAACAUUUUCAGAUCCGUUCUGUAGAGAACCCCAACACCUACAAUCCAUUGUUUUAUAAGUUAAUACCAUGAAAAAGAGCUUGCCUUGUUCUUAUUUAACGGAGACCUCAUUGGGACGUAACAGUAACAUAUUGUUUGCAUUUUUAUAUUCAGCAUUGUUUGGGUUUUUUUUAGGCCUUGACCUCUUGAUGUGGCCCAGUGACUGUUUUUCUAUAGCUAUGUUCCCUAUCCAGAAUCCAAUGUGACAAUCACUACUAAGCUUUUAUAUGUAGCCUGGGCACAUGGAAUAGUCAGUAUAUGGGGGGGGUUGCUCUCAACCACUCACCCUGGCAAGUCCUUUGCAGUUUUUUUUCACUAAAAUACAGUAGAAGCACAAUGUGUUUUACACAGUAUUAACCACCUGUUGUGUCCCGAAACAAAAUUACACAUCUUUUAGAAGUGUGUCUUGUAAGCCAUUUCUCCAAACAUUGUAAAUCACCACCCAGGUUUGUAGAUGAUGCGCUGUGGCCGCCAUGUUUGACACGUCUGUCAUUGCCUUUCUUCAAAACUACAAUCUAGGUAGCCACCCUCCCCUGGAUUUUAUUAAUUGUGGAAGAUUAACUGAGGUGUGUAGGGCUAUUUACAACUGUGUAAAUAUGGUUCUUGUAGAAAAUCUCAUGUCCUUUGGAGAAAUGUAUAGGCAUGAAAUUUUGGGCACAUUCUGCAUAUGUAGACUUAACCUGCGUGAAACGCUGUAUGGCCAAAGCUGUAUCAUCUCUAACAUUCAUAAGUCUGAUAUACCCUUCAAGGCACUCUCAGCAGGCCUGAGAGAGAAGUGUGUAAGAAUGUGUAAAUAUCCCUGCUUUUUGGGUUGGACCAAUUUUAUUGCUGCGUUUCCAGAUUUUUGGAAUUUGUUAUUUACAAUGUACAGUCAAGUAAAAGCAUAUUAUGUUGCAAUGACAUGGCAAAAUAUAAAUGUAUAUUGUAAAUAAGACGUUUUAUGUUUAAAUUUGUUUCGGAUAUCCUAACAAUAAAUGAUAAAAAAAAAAAUCCCAAGUGCACGUAAUGAAACGACACGUUUUACGUGAUAAAGAUUAAAUUCAUGUUUGUCACAGGGAGACAAUUUUUUCAGGUUAAUUGGCUUGUUUUUAAGAACUCUCCUUCAGUAAUCUGUAUAUAUACACCUCAA